AUGGGCUGCACCGGCAGCGCCCUGCGCUGCUGCCCCGCCGGCGGCAAGAGACAGCUAAAAGCCCAGCAGCAGAGGGGACCAGCUUCCCAGGAGCUCACAGCCUUGAAGACAGAGAACGCCAAUGCCACCCUAUUUCCUGAGGAUGGGAAGGAGAAGGCAGCGCUGGGAGAGGAGCGGACGGAGAGCUCAAGACUCCUCCGAGGGCAAGAGGAGGAGUGGCUGCAGGAUUCCAGCCAGGAAAGGAUCACAAGAAUUGCCCAGGAUGUUAACAUCCAGGUGGAAAAGGAAAAACACGUGGAGCUGGAGGAGCAGUUCAAUGCCCUGAGGAGAGAGCACAUGGAGACCCUGCAAGAGCUCCAGAGAGCACAUGAGCAGAAACUGCUGCUGGCAGAGUCCCACCGCAGGUCCCAGGAGGCCUUACAGGAGACGAUUCAGGCACUGAAUUCCCAGCUGAAGUCCUUCCAGGAGAGGAUGAAGCGGGUGGAGGAGUCACUCUUGAGCACAGACUACAAGAAACACAUCCAGGAGCACGGGAGCCCCAGCCCCUUCUGGGAGCAGGAGCUGGAGAGCCUGCACUUUGUCAUUGAGAUGAAGAAUGAGCACAUCCAUGGCCUGGAUAAGAAGCUGCUGAACCUGGAGACUGUGGUGGAGAGGAACCUUCUCUUGGAGGAGAAGGUGAAGACUCUCCAGCAGGAGAACGAAGACCUUCAAGUUCGCUCCCAGAACCACUUAGUCAUGGCAAGGCAGCUGUCGGAGGAGCUGCUGGCCGCCCGCGGGGCGCUGGAGAAGGAGACACAGCUGCGGGAGCAGGUUUGCCAUGAGAAGGAAGAGCUGCUGUACCGGGUGCUCAACGGGGGGGACGGAUCCCCCUUCCCCAUCGCUGCCGGCGAGGUGUCCCUCAUCGCCACGUAGCACAUCGCUGCCCACGCCACUGCCCAGGGGGCUGCCGGGGCUUGCCUGCGGGUGUGUGAGCCCAGGGCUGCUCUCACCAGUGUCCCCAGGGCUGCUCUCACCAGUGUCCCCAGGGCUGCUCUCACCAGUGUCCCCAGGACCAGUUGAGCCCUCAGGGCUGCCCCAUCCGACCGGGGCCAUGGAGCAUUUCACAGGACACUUGCACCUGCCUUUCCCCAGCCUGUGUGGGGCUGCAGGGAGGACUCUGGAUAGCCCCUUGUACCAUCCCUGCAGCCCUUCCUCUGGUGGGAGGU